ACUGGUGCAAGUGCAAAGACUAACAGAGACUUCGGGGGUUGGAAAAAAAGAAGAUGGCGCAGCUAAGAGAGCUGAGGAAGGGUUUCAAAGCUGUUCAAGAUCUGGAAUUGCUCAAGCUUUUGAAAUCCGAGAUUAAUUUCGAGCUUGCUUCUAAUCACUUUCAGAAUGUUGAAAAAGGUUCUUUAGGUGAAUUCGUAGUGGACUCGGAUUUGCCACAUUCAAAAGAUGUGGUUUUGCGAAGAAAAUGCGAUUCAGGGGAAGAAGUUGUUAUUUCAUCUAUCGUGGGCCCUCCCAACUACGAAAAAGACCUCAUUUUUGCAAGGGAUGUUUAUAUGAAAGUAUGUAUAAAAAAACCAGCCUUGAGUUCCAUCUUGCAAUUUGACUGUCAAGUUUACGGGAAACUGAAUAAAGGCUCUGAAUUUGACAUCAGAAAUGCUUAUUAUCUCAGAUCACCUACAUCUCUGACCCCUUCCAUUCACAGAGGCCCCUUAUUCAGCGAGUUAAAUAGUAGGUUGCAAGAUGCACUCAAGGAAUACCUGAUAGCCAAGGGCAUUGGGGUAAGCCUGACCAAUUUCCUCCUCCACUACCUAAACAAAAGAGAACAAGAGCAGUACGUGAACUGGUUGAAAAAAGGUGAAGCAUUUGUGGCAAAAAACGAGUCCUCAAGUCAAUUUUCAGAGACAAAUUCUACAUAGUUCUGCAGAGUUAGCAUUCUCUUCAAUAUUGGGAAUUGUCAAGGGGGAGGGAAUUGUGGACAAGAUGUUCAAUUUUUACUGAUAUUUUAGUCAAAUGUUUUGAGACUUAGGAUUAUGAUCAGGUUGUUCCAUUGUCUUUUUAAAUGUUAUUUCUUGACAAACACUCACUGCAAACAAAACAUAUCUGGAUUGGAAUGACCAGUGCAUGGCCCACAUGCUUUUGUAUCCUGCA